AUGCAAGUUCCACUCUGGAGAUUUUUCCUAGCCUUUUCUGCCUUGCUAGCGAGCGUGGUCACCGCACUACGCUUUGAUAUCCCAGCUUCGACGAAACCCGAACCAUUCUGUGUUCGUGACUUCGUGAAUGAAGGCCAACUGGUUGUCAUAGACAUAUCUACUGAUGGCUCUGCCGGCGACGGCCAAACUCUGAACCUCUACGUACGCGACUCUAUUGGCAACGAGUACCGUAGAAAGAGGGAUCUGGUUGGCAACGCUCGUGUUGCCUUCACAGCACCUUCUACUACUUCUUUCGAUGUGUGUUUGGAAAACGUUGCUACGUACUCUGGCAGAUCGAUGAGCAGAUCUGUCGAAUUGGACAUCGAGAGUGGUUCAGAGGCCCGUGACUGGAACAAGAUCAGCGCCAGCGAGAAGUUGAAACCGAUCGAAGUGGAGCUGCGCAGAAUUGAAGAGCUGGCAGAUGAGAUCGUCGAUGAACUGACCUAUCUGAAGAACAGAGAGGAGAGACUGAGAGAUACAAACGAAUCCACUAACAGGAGGGUGAGAAACUUUUCCAUCCUGGUGAUCAUCGUCUUGAUUGCACUAGGUUUAUGGCAGGUAAACUAUCUGAAGAACUACUUCAAAGCUAAGCAUAUCAUCUGA